AUGUACGAACAUUCAAUUCAUACAUUAAACAAUGAUUAUUUUCAAGAACGUUCAAAUGAAUCUCCUCGAUUAGUUAAUGAAAUAGAUUUAGUUUCCGUACAAUCUAAUAAUCGAUCUUUGACAAAACGAUCUUGUUUCACAAUUCUUAACAAAUGGUUUAGAAAUGUUUAUCAAAGAAUAAAAUGUCUCGAUAAUGGAAAUAAUCAACAAUCUGAAGAAAUAACUGAUCAUCAACAAGUUGAACUCAAUGUCGGUAAACCUAGGCGAGACAACAAAAUAACAAAAGAUUUUCAACAGAAAAUACAGCGACAAAAUCUUUUUCCUUUUCAACGUCCAUAUCGAACUAUUAGAAUCAAGGAUAAAACUUCUGUAUCUAUAGCCUGUAAUGAUAAACAUAUAAUACUAAAGCAAAAACCUAAUUUAUGUUUAUUUGAUAAACAAUUAACACUUGUUAAAGAGAUACCAUGGAUCUAUGCUCAUGUUGAUAUUUGUUGGUCAUCAACACUUGAUCAAUUUAUUCUUAUUACAGAAAAAACUAUUUUCACUCUCGAUGAUAAUACAAUGAUACUUCAUCAAUGUCAGAUUGCUCCUAUUAACGACAGAGAAUGGUCAUCUGGAUCAUGUUCAGAUACUUCUUUGUAUUUAUCAACUGGAGAUAUGUCUACAUCUCUCUACGAAUAUACACUUCGACCAACAAUUGAAUUUGUUAGAGAAUGGCAAUUAUUAGCUUUAUACUCAAGAUAUGAAGGUAUUCUUACAUUUACUUGUGCGAAUGAAAAAAUUGCUCUUAUUAUCUCGAAUAUUCAUGCUUUUCAAAGACGCUUCGAAUUAUAUUCAUCAAUAACAUUCGAACGUUUAUGGUCUGUUCCACUCAAUACAGUUGCUCAUUGUUGUUCGAUAAAUAAUGAUCAAUGGAUUGUUAUGGAAUUAUUACAACCUCGUCUUUUACAUUUUUCAUCCGAUGGAAAAAUCUUGCAAGAAUACAAAAUCAAAACACCAACAUUGAAUAUUAUAUGGAAUGCAAUUCAAUUAGAUAAAGAUACUAUUGCUACAUUGACUAUGGACAGUCUCAAUCUACAUAAACUUUCAUAA